AUGCCUCCGAAGCGCAAAGCAACCUCCAGCACGCCCUCCGAAGCCCCUGCACUCAAAAAGACGGCCUUUGAUGCCUUGCAACCCUCCGUCAAGUCGCACAUCAAGACCGAACCAGAGAUUAAGGUCAAGUCCGAGGCGCCAGAGUACCAAGACCGCGAUCGCGAGAUACUGGAAGAAAGAUAUGGAGUCAUACAACGAGAGUUUUAUCCUGCCGAGAUGUCAAACGAACGUUGCGCUCGCUACAAUGCCAACGAGAUCACCCGUCCUAUCGAGCUGCUCACUCAAGCCGUACAGAAGACGGCCUUUGCGCGCAACAAGAUUGACGUAGGGUAUGCCGUGGUACACUGGUUCAAGCGCGAUCUACGUACGACGGAUAAUCGUGCUCUGCAUCUGGCGAGUGAAAAGGCAAAGUCAAUGGGGGUGCCUCUGAUCUGUCUUUUCAUCGUCAGUCCUCAGGAUUACCAGGCUCAUUUGACUGCACCCGUCCGUGUUGAUUUUGAGCUCAGGACGUUGCAAGUACUCAAGGAAGAUUUGGCCAAGAAGGAUAUUCCUCUGUAUGUGGAGACUGUUGAGAUACGGAAGAAUGCCCCAGCACGGAUCAUCGAGCUGUGUCAGAGUUGGGGAGCCAAGCACAUCUUCGCAAAUAUCGAGUACGAGGUGGACGAGCUGAGGAGGGAAGCUGGUUUGACGACUUCAUGUCUUGAAGAAGGCAUCGACUUUCAUGCAGUUCACGACGACGUUGUAGUACCACCAGGCGACCUCACAACAGGUCAAGGCAAGCAAUACUCGGUCUAUACUCCGUGGUACAAAGCUUGGAUCCGACAUCUCCACGAAAAUCCUACCCUUUUGGAUGAGUUCGCUGCACCGCAACAGAAUCCUGCUUCGGCACGCGAAAAGUAUGCAGAGUUGUUCAAGACGGCGAUACCUCCGGCACCCGAGAACAAGAAGCUCAGCGAAGAAGAAAGGGAACGAUUCAAAUCGCUAUGGCCGCCCGGUGAACACGAGGCUCUCGACCGCCUAAGCAAGUUCUUGGAGAAGAAGAUCAGUAACUACAAAGAUGCUCGCAACAUUCCUGCCGCGAAUAGCACUGGCGUUAUCUCGGUGCAUCUUUCCACAGGCACUCUUGCUGCAAGGACAGCCAUCAGGAGCGCUCGCAAGAUCAACACAUCUACAAAACUGGAUGCUGGCAAUGAAGGCAUCAAGACUUGGAUUUCUGAGGUCGCCUGGCGAGACUUUUACAAACAUGUACUAGCUCACUGGCCUUAUGUGUGCAUGUCCAAGCCUUUCAAGUACGAAUAUACUAAAGUUAGGUGGGAGUACAACGAUGAGCACUUCACUCGCUGGUGCGAAGGCAGAACGGGCUUUCCUAUCGUCGAUGCCGCGAUCCGGCAGAUGCACUCUAUGGCCNNUGUAAAUAUGCACAACAGGUGCAGAAUGAUUGUCGCCAGCUUCUUGGCCAAAGAUCUUUUACUUGACUGGCGCAUGGGCGAGAGAUAUUUCAUGGAACACCUCAUCGAUGGAGAUUUUGCAUCCAACAAUGGUGGGUGGGGCUUUGCUGCAUCCACAGGCGUAGACCCACAACCCUACUUCCGUGUCUUCAACCCACUGCUACAGAGCGAGAAAUUCGACGAACAAGGCGAGUAUAUCCGAAAAUGGUUGCCUGAAUUAGCAGACAUCAAGGGCAAAGCAAUACACGAUCCUUACGGCAGAGGCGCGGCAAAGGAAGCAGAAAAGGCGGGAUACCCACGACCAAUGGUCGACCACAAGGUAUGCAGAGACCGAUGUCUUGCGCGAUAUAAAGAAGGUCUAGGCAAAAGCACUGCGUAA